AUGAGUUUGUUCAUAUCUAUCUAUCUAUCUAUCUAUCUAUCUAUCUAUCUAUCUAUCUAUCGCAUUUGUUCACAUCUAUCUAUCUAUCUAUCUAUCUAUCUAUCUAUCUAUCCCAACUGUUUCUAUCUAUCUAUCUAUCUAUCUAUCUAUCUAUCUAUCUAUCUAUCUCACUCUGUUCAUAUCUAUCUAUCUAUAUAUCUAUUUCACUAUGUUCAUAUCUAUCUAUCUCUCUCUAUCUAUCUAUCUCACUCUGUUCAUAUCUAUCUAUCUAUCUUUCCCAACUUAUUGUUUUCUAUCUAUCUAUCUAUCUAUCUAUCUAUCUAUCUAUUACAGUUUGUUCAUAUCUAUUUAUCUAUAUUGUUCUAUCUAUCUAUCUAUUGCAGUCUGCCUUUUCAUAUCUAUCUAUCUAUCUAUCUAUCUAUCUAUCUAUCUGUUAUCUUUUGUUCAUAUCUAUCUAUCUAUCUAUCUAUCUAUCUAUCUAUCUAUCUAUCUAUCGCAGUCUGCUCAUCUAUCUAUCUGUUGAUAUCUAUCUACCGAUCUAUCCAUCUCUCUAAGUCUGUUCACAUAUACCUCUAUCUAUCACAGUUUGUUCAUUAUCUAUCUAUCUAUCUAUCUAUCUUAUCAUUACACGUUCAUUCUUUUUUCUCAUUCUCUCUUAUUUCUCUCUCUCGCUCUUUCUCUCUCGCUCUCUCUCUCUCUCUUUCUGCCUGUAUAGGUCACUCUCUUGUCACUACUCUCUCUUCAUUUCAUACUUUUACACUUCCUCUUUUCACCUCUCUUUACCCUUCCUCCCCUUUCUCUCUCUCCCCCACUCUCUUAAUAAUACUCUCUUUAUUCAGUUCUUCAUAUUUGUCUCUCUCUCCCUCUCUUUUCUCUUUCUCUUUGUCAACGAUUUUAAUUCUUACUUGUUUUCUUAUCUUCAUCCUUCGUUUCGUGCUAAGAAUUACAAACCACGAUUUAGUUUUGUAUUUAUAA